GCGCCCUCCCUCCGCUCGCAUCCGAUGGCUGUCUCUAGGUGAUUUAGUGCCGCCAGUCUCGAGCAGGUGUCCAACAUGGCGAUCACGGGAAACGGAUCUCUCACUAUUUUUCUCUCUGUUUUCGUGAUUUCAGCGGCGUUUCUUCUAAAAGGAGCCGCUGAGACCUUGUCAGUUGAAGGUCAGAACCUGGGGACCGAUAAUGUGUCAGUGAUCGAGGGGGAGAUGGCGACCAUCAGCUGCAGGGUGAAGAACAAUGAUGACUCAGUCAUCCAACUCCUCAACCCCAACAGACAGACCAUCUACUUCAGAGACGUCAGACCCCUGAAGGACAGCCGGUUCCAGCUGGUGAAUUUCUCCGACAACGAGCUGCGGGUGUCUCUGUCCAACGUGUCACUGUCAGAUGAGGGACGCUAUGUGUGCCAGCUCUACACAGACCCUCCUCAGGAGGCCUACGCAGACAUCACUGUGCUGGUCCCACCAGGCAGUCCAAUCAUGGAUUCCCAAGAGGAUGUGGUCAGUGAGGGGAACGAGACAGAGCUCACCUGUACAGCCAUGGGCAGCAAGCCUGCCGCCUCCAUCAGAUGGAUGAAAGGAGAGCAGGAGCUGACAGGCAAGAUGACGGUGGAUGAGACCUACGACGGGAUGUUCACAGUCACCAGUCGGCUGAGACUCACCGUGUCCAAGGAGGACGACGGAGCGCCAGUCAGCUGCAUCAUCGACCACCCAGCCGUGAAGGACCUCCGGGCACAGAGAUACCUGGAAGUGCUAUAUCAACCAGAAGUGAAGAUUGUUCAGGCGUUCCCUGAAGGUUUAACAAGAGAGGGAGAGAAUCUAGAGCUGACGUGCAUAGCAAAUGGCAAACCACAGCCCCAUCAGAUCAGCUGGCUCAGAGUGGAUGAUGAUGUGCCGUCUCACACCGUGAUCACCGGCUCUGACCUCUUCAUCGAAAACCUCAACAAGUCAUACAACGGCACGUAUCGCUGUGUGGCCUCCAAUGCCGUGGGAGAGGCCUACGAUGACUACAUCCUCUUCGUAUACGAUGCUCCUACCACGAUCCCCACACCCACCACCUUGAACCUAGACAACACCCAAGACUCCAGAGCUGGCGAGGGAGCGCCACAGAAGAUAGACCACGCUGUCAUCGGAGGCGUGGUUGCCGUGGUGAUGUUCGCUAUCCUCUGUGCACUCAUCAUCCUGGGGCGCUACUUCGCCAGACACAAAGGCACCUACUUCACACAUGAAGCCAAAGGGGCAGACGACGCAGCAGAUGCAGACACGGCCAUCAUUAAUGCAGAGGGGGGACACAACAACACGGAAGAGAAGAAGGAGUACUACAUCUAAUGAUGAGAGGCCAGGGGGGGGUGUUAUGGUGGGGGGUCCUGUAGGAGCACUAUAUAUAACUCUGAAUGGGCCGGAGGGGGUGACGAAAGGUGCAGCUGAGGAGGAAAGAGAGGUGGGGAAAGGAGAAGAGAAAAGGAGAGUAAUGAUGAGAAUUGAAGAGGAGAGGAAGAUUGGAGUGGAUGAGUAGUGGGAGGCUUCAUUGCUUCGUCGUGGAUUCUCCCAUCCAACCUCUCCUGAACUGCUCGGUCCCGUUCUGUACAGUUCAAUUAUUUUACAGACAAUUUUGUGCCUUGUUCUAUUUCUUUCGUAAUUGUUGUCCUCCCCACCCCAAACCUGUUGACUCCACCAGUUCUUUUUUGCUGCAGUUAUCUUUUAGAGGAGAUGACACAGCACUUCUUCUCUUGUUGUCCUGCAGCUCCAUCUUAGCUUGUGUACCAGGCUUUUAGAAGCACCCUCUCUCUCGCUCUCUUUGUCUCUCUAUGCUGUGUACUGUAGAAGCAGCCAACAAUACAUUUUAGUAAUUUCCAGCUAAAACCUAUUGUAAACAACUCUUAUCAAUAUCAAACUAUACUGUCCCUCUUAACUCAAUCAUAAAUAUGACCUCUCCUGCUGUAUCAGACAUCCUGAAACAUCACUUUUAUUUUCAUUCUGUGGUUAAAAGACUGAAGUUGCUGCCAUGGUCAUAAGACUUGUUGAGUUGUUGUCUUAACUGUUACGCUAAGAGGUUCAAACCCCUUAAUGAGGUCACCUGGUGUGGGGUUAAGGUCACAAUAUGGUUUACUCUGGGUCAUCAUACUCAUACCCUCAAUGAUCAGUAAAUGACCAAUGUAAUAGUAAUGCUUGUACAUGUGUGUAAAUACAGUGCAUAUAUUACCCAGUAUUUUCAACACAGGUUCAAUCCUAGUUGAAAUAAUGCUCUUCUACAGAUAAAACAAGUUCAAUUGUG